CGCAACUAAACCUUAGGUGCAUUAUUAUGGAAAAUGGAUUGAAAGGUUGCGUAUUGAGACAAAAAGUCUACUUUGGUUAAACAAAACCAAUGAAAUUAUUCCAAAUCUCCGUUCAUAUUUUAUUUGUGCUUGUUCAAUCAUUUUACUAGUUCACUACUUAAAAAGAUUACAUUUUUUAUUUGCCCUUAUCGGGUGUUUGGUUCUUGGGUUUUAUGGGUUUUGAAAGAAUCAAUGUUGGGUUGAUAAAGGACAGUCGAUUUCUAUGCAUUUCUUCUGGUCUGUAGGCUUCAAAUCUCUUGCCAUCAAAACACACUGAAGAAGCUUACCCUGUUUUGUUUUGUGGGUUUUGAAAGAAUCAAUGUUGCGUUGAUAAAGUUUUUUCCGUUGUUUUUUUUGUGCCUUUGAAUUAGAAGGGGUGUGGAUUAAUUCUCUGGGCAUUCAACAAUUUGGUGAAUAAUGGGGCAUAGUUCGAAGAAGAAGAAGAAAGGUGGAGGGACUGGGAGGAGGAGCAAAGGAAGGACACCCUCGAAGGAUCUUGCUUCUAGUUCUGGUGAUGACAAUGAACUUCUUGCUGAGGAGAUCACUGCCUUAUGUGCAAUAUUUCAAGAAGACUGCAAGAUUGUUUCAGAGUCACCUCCUCAGAUACUGAUUAAGCUCAGGCCUUACUCAAAGGAUAUGGGCUAUGAGGAUCUAGAUGUUUCAGCUCUGCUUUCAGUAAGGUGCAUACCAGGAUAUCCUUACAAGUGUCCAAAGUUGCAAAUUACUCCUGAGAAGGGUUUGACAAAAAGUGAUGUGGAUAAUCUUCUUUCUCUCCUUCAUGACCAGGCGAAUUCCAAUGCCCGGGAAGGACGAGUCAUGAUUUUCAAUCUGGUAGAGGCUGCUCAAGAGUUUUUGUCUGAAAUAGUUCCAGUCGGUCCAGUACCUGAAUCUGCUUUACUCUCAACUAUGGAUGGCAGUGACCAGUUGUUUAAGGACAUUGCUGUUUCAAGUAACAAGAAUUGCUCUUCAUGUGAACCAUUUGUUUCUGGUUUCAUAGACCUUUUUAGUGGCUCUGGAGAGUCAUGGGAUUGGGGCCUUGCAGUGGAUGAUACAAGGGCAAUGAAUUCUUCAAUAAAAUCUCAUUCAUUAGAUGGUUCAAAGGUUGGAUAUGAAGUACUGGAAAAGAAACUUGAUAAGGCCACAAGGCCAUUGACAGUACAAGAUGCAAAGCAAAGUCCACUGCUUUUCCCUGUUGCCAAGUUAGGUACCCUUGAAGAAGAGAGUGAAGAUGACAAUAGGAGCAUAUCAACUGAUUCAAGUACAUCUGUUACAGAGGAAUCUGUGGGAAAUGAAUUGGAAAGCAAGAAAGAGGAUGAUUUCUUUGAAGAGAAAGGACCAGAAGAUGAUGGCAAUUCUGAAAGUGAGCCUUGGGAUUUGCUGUCUUCAGCAUCCUUAGAUCAUGAUCAGGCUACCCAAACUAUUGAAAAGGAUCUAGUAAUGGUUCACAUGCUUCGCCUUGCUUGUGCUUCAAAAGGAGGUUUGGCUGAUGCUUUAUCUCAAAUAACCACAGAACUGUGCAACUUAGGUGUAUGUUCUGUUUCUCUUGGAGAUAAAGAAAUUAAGUCUAUUCUUGUGUUGCCUGCUUUUCAGUGCUAUGCUUUGCUGAAUCUGAAUGAUUUUGUUCAGGUUUCAUCCAAAAUAUCUCAAUUUUGGAAACCUACUUCUGAUUUAGGGGGGACUAAUAUGUCUCUCUCAAACUCUCGAUAUCUGAGUGAUUUUGAAGAGCUACAACCACUUGGUCAUGGUGGCUUUGGUCAUGUUGUACUCUGCAAAAACAAGCUAGAUGGAAGACAAUAUGCAGUGAAGAAAAUUCGCCUCAAGGACAAAAGCUUGCCUGUUAAUGACCGAAUUUUGAGAGAAGUAGCGACACUUUCACGCUUGCAGCAUCAGCAUGUUGUACGUUACUAUCAGGCAUGGUUUGAAACAGGAGUUGCCGGUUCUUUUGGUGACACUACUUGGGGUUCUACUACUGCCACAAGCUCUACAUUUAGCUACCGAGGUGCAAACUCAGCUGAUGUUGGGCAAGACAAUAAACUUGAAUCAACAUAUUUGUAUAUUCAAAUGGAGUAUUGCCCCAGGACUCUACGCCAGGUUUUUGAGUCAUAUAACCACUUUGAUCAAGAGUUGGCAUGGCAUUUGUUUCGACAAAUUGUUGAAGGUUUGGCACACAUACAUGGACAGGGAAUCAUCCAUCGGGACUUAACUCCUAACAAUAUCUUUUUUGAUGCUCGCAAUGAUAUUAAGAUUGGCGAUUUUGGUCUUGCCAAGUUCUUGAAGUUGGAGCAGUUGGACCAUGAUACAACCUUACCUACAGACACUACUGGAGUAUCGCUUGAUGGAACUGGUCAAGUUGGUACCUACUUUUACACUGCACCUGAAAUUGAGCAAGGAUGGCCAAAGAUCGAUGAAAAGGCUGACAUGUAUAGCUUAGGAGUUGUGUUUUUUGAGCUUUGGCACCCUUUCGGCACAGCCAUGGAGAGACAUAUUAUUCUAUCUGAUUUGAAACAAAAAGGAGUGCUUCCUCCCUCGUGGGUUUCUCAAUUUCCAGAGCAAACAUCUUUGUUGCAACGGUUAAUGUCUCCAAGUCCAUCUGAUCGUCCAUCUGCUACUGACCUUUUAAAGCAUGCAUUUCCUCCAAGAAUGGAAUCUGAGUUGUUAGACAAUAUUCUAAGAACAAUGAAAACUUCUGAGGAUAGAACCGUGUAUGAUAAAGUUGUCAGUUCUAUCUUUGAUGAAGAGAUGUUAAGCAUGAAAAGCCAGCAUCAGCUUUCUGGUCGAUUAGGGAUGGGUGGAGGUGAUACUUCCUCUGUUCAGUAUGCAGAUUUAGACACUGAACUUCGUGAUUAUAUUGUUGAGGCCACGAGGGAAGUGUUCAAACAGCAUUCUGCAAAGCAUUUAGAAAUAGUAUCUAUGCGCUUACUAGAUGAUUGUCCACAGUUUUCUAGGAGCACUGUCAAGCUUUUGACCCAUGGAGGAGAUUUGCUUGAACUUUGUCAUGAGUUGCGUCUGCCUUUUGUUAGUUGGCUUGUUGCAAACCAGAAAUCGUCAUUCAAACGUUAUGAAAUAUCACCUGUUUAUAGGAGAGCAAUUGGUCAUUCACCACCAAAUCGCUAUCUACAGGGUGAUUUUGACAUUGUUGGAGGUGUGUCUGCACUGAUGGAAGCAGAGGUUAUCAAGGUGUCAAUGGACAUUGUAACCCAAUUCUUUGUCCCAGGUUCCUGUGAUAUUCAUCUAAAUCAUGGGGACAUACUGGAUGCUAUUUGGUCUUGGAUUGGAAUCAAACCAGAGCAUAGACAGAAAGUAGCAGAGCUUCUGUCAUUGAUGGGCUCUUUGCGUCCUCAAUCCUCGGAAAGGAAGUUGAAAUGGGGAGUAAUUAGGCGUCAACUUUUGCAGGAACUAAAUUUAGCUGAAGCUGUUGUGAAUAGGUUGCAGACUGUUGGUUUGAGGUUCUGUGGAGCUGCUGACCAGGCCGUUCCUCGAUUAAGGGGAGCCCUCCCAGCUGAUAAACCCACCCGGAAGGCCCUUGAUGAGUUGUCAGACCUCAUUGUCUAUUUGAGGGUUUGGAAGAUAGAAGACCAUGUUUAUAUAAAUGCGCUAAUGCCACCAACUGAGAAUUAUCACAGAGAUUUGUUUUUUCAGAUAUAUCUAAUGAAGGAUAAUAAUCCUGGAUCGCUUAGUGAAGGCACAUUGCUUGCUGUAGGAGGCCGCUAUGACUAUUUACUUCGUCAAAUGUGGGAUCACAAAUACAGAACAAAUCCUCCUGGUGCUGUUGGUACUAGUCUUGCUUUAGAGACAAUAAUUCAGCACUCACCUGUUGAUUUCAGACCUUUAAGAAAUGAAGCUUGCACCAAUAUUCUUGUUUGUUCAAGAGGCGGAGGUGGUCUAUUAGUCGAGAGGAUGGAACUAGUUGCUGAGCUAUGGGAAGCAAACAUCAAGGCUGAAUUUGUCCCAGUACCUGAUCCAAGCCUUACAGAGCAGUACGAAUAUGCUAGUGAACAUGAUAUAAGAUGCCUUGUCCUCAUAACAGAUGCAGGUCUGUCACAAAAAGGUUUUGUCAAGGUCCGUCAUCUUGAACUUAAGAAAGAGAAGGAAGUCGAAAGAGAAAAGCUUGUUAGUUUUCUGUUGAAUGCAAUGGCUACACAAUUCAGAAAUCCCUCAGUUUGGAUUUAAGUUAUGUUUCCUCAAAAGCAAUUGCUUCCUCAGGUUUUUCUUGGCAUUUUUUGUGUUCCAUUUCCAUAUUUUCAGCUGAAGCUAGAGCUCCAUUGUCUCAAGACGACGUACCUGUCAAUGAUCUCAUCUCCAUUCUCCCAAGUCUGAAUGAAGGCGAAAACUAGCUCAGAGAAGUUUUGCAGCUUUGACAUUUUUGUUUUGGAUGUUUUGUUGAGGUUUGAAGUGAAGUUUAUUGUUUUUCUUUAUAAAUCAGUGAUGUAGAUGUGUAAAUAAUACUGGUUUCUGUAUAGAUUAUUCAGAAGAAAAAAAGAAAAGAAAAGGACAAAAGCCUGCAUUACAUAUAUAUGGUUAAACUAUUAUUCGGUCUCAGUAGCUUGGUGAAAAUUUCAAGUCAGUUACUUUAUUCCUUGUAUUA